AAAAUGUAUAAUUUUCUUUAUCUAAAUAUUCCUUUUUCUUUAUUAAUCAUAUUAUUUUUAACCAAUUCGAAAGCAGAAUUUGAAAAUUCUUUUGAUGGAAUUUCUAAUAUUAAAUUAGAAAUGUUACAUAAAAGAAGAGGGAGAGAAUUAUUCGGAAAAAGAAACGCCCCGUCUAUGGAAAGACAAGGAAGAAGGACAAGAGAAUUAUUUGGGAAAAGAUCUUUUCAAACAGACUUGUUGGGAAGUAAAAAUGAAAAUAUUCUAAAUAUCAUGACUUUGUUGAAUGAAAGGAGAGAAUUAUUUGGAUAUUAA